AUGGCUUUGUCGCAUUUCGUGAGAUGUUUUGCGACUUUUACUAAUCUCAUUUUUCUGGUCAGUUUUUUAACCUAUAAUUUGUGAAAUCCUAAAUUAUAGGGUUCAAAAAAAUAUUUAUUUUUCAGGCAAUCUCAUGUUCCUUAUUAGCAACUACAGUUCUAGCAUUUUUCAGUCCUCCGCCACAAAAUGUAUCACCCGUUGAUGUUGGAAAACUUGACCAUGUAAAUUUUUUUUAAUUUUAAAAUUUAAGUAAAUCUGAAAUUAAAGAUUUUAUGAAAGUAAUGCGCGUUUUCACAAAAAAAUGUCUGGAACUCGAGAAAAAGUUUUGGAACUUUUUUUCCAAUAAAAUAUUCCUUUGAGAUUUUUUUUAAAUCAAAAAUCAUAAAUUUCUGUAUUUAUUUUCAGUAUAUAGUGACAAUUCUACUAAUGGGUUCCUAUGGAAUUGCUCUUUUCAUUCUUUCACUUGUUGGAUUGAUCUCACUUUGUUUUCUCAACUCAUUUUUGUUAUCUGUGGUAAGUGUUUUUGUCAGGAAAAAAAAAUUAUAACUGUGGUUUUCGACCUAUAAAAAUAGCCAGGAUUUCUUCCAUUCGUAGCUUUGGAAUUUUACGGAGUAUUGUAGAGUACUCAUAACAUCAGAUCUAGGAAUCUCGAAACUUUUUGCAGUUUAUUAUUGGUCAAGUGGCAAUGAUCGGAUUACUGUUGGUUUCUUUUGCAUUUACCCUAACUGUCAGGCAUCAAGUUCAUUAUCAAUUGAAACAAAAAUGGACAGGAAAAGCGCCGUGUCUUGAUAUUGAAAAUUGUGUGCCAAUUGAAACAUUCAAACGAUCCGAAACCAUGCUUCUUGUUUGUCUUUUUGGAUUUCUCGUUCUACAGGUAAGAAAUUUUGGGAACUUUUUUGAGUCACCGUAGAUUUUGGCGACAAACAGUUUGGUGUUAUUUCAAAAGCCAGAAAAAUCGAAACAAAAUUCAAUUGAUAAAUUCUGAAUCUUGUUUCUCAAAAAAAAUCCAAUUUUUCCAGAUUUUACAACUUGGCGCAUGUUGGUAUUUAUGCGAACGUCGAUCGAGUCAAGAAAAAUACAAACUUCAACUUCAAAAAGCAGAUGAAGAUGAUGAAUAA